UCAGCCUUGUUUUGUUUUGAUGUUUUUUAUUUCGUUUUCUUCGAGUUUUCCGUUGAUGGGUUUUAUUUUGUGAGUUCCGACAGUCGCUGCUCUUUCUGGCUUCGCUAUGUUUCGUACUUCAAAACAAGCUAAUCCUCUGUUUUCUCUUUUACUCUGUAUGUAAUGUGAAGUGAGCUUCGCCUUCUCACGCCCAUUCCCUUUUCUGGGUCUUGUCCUUUCUUUGCCAACACGCUUUCUCUGGUGUGUGUUCUUGAUUUCGUGGGCGUUAUUGCGUUGUUUGUUGAACAGGGGUUGCUCUGUUUUCUCGAGGGUUUUCGCUUUUUUUUUUGGUCUUUUUCUUGAAAUCGAUUCAUCUCGAUGCUCGAUGCUGGGGAGUUUGUUCUCAAAAUCAAGGUGGGAAGCCAUUGAUUUCCCAAGUGGGUGUUCUGGUAAUCGAAAUUUCAUGGCUUCAACCUCGAUUUCAUGAACUGGGUCAUUGAAAUUUUUGGGGAAGAAUGGGUGGGUCGAACUCCAAAAUUGAGAACAACGAAGCCCUACGCCUUUGUAAGGAGCGAAAACGGUUCAUCAAACAGGCCAUCGAUUCGAGGUACGCUCUAGCCGCUGCUCAUGUCUGUUACGUUGAGUCCCUAAAAAACGUUGGCGUUUCUCUCCGACGGUACGCCGAGGCUGAGGUUCUUAUCGAGUCGUCUAUGUCAUCGUCGGCCACCGAACUCGACAAAACGCCGUCGCAUUCCUCUUAUCCAUCGCCGUGCCCGUCGCAAACCGCCGAUGUUUCGGAAUCACCAUUGCAAGAAAGCCCCAUUUCGCCGCCGAUAGCCACCAUUAGUUAUAUGGUCGCCGGAAGCAAUCCCCCUCUUACCGUAAAGGUCCGGCCGAGUAGCCAUAGUUAUGCCUAUGAAGAAUCAGUCGCUUCCCCAUUUUCACCGCUGCCACGUCCGCCACCGCCACCUCAUGAAUCAGGAUCUUCUUGGGAUUACUUUGAUACCCAUGAUGAAAUUGAGAGCUUCAGGUUUAUGGGGACUGGUGGGGGGAUGGAUGUGAACUUUGAGGAUGAGAGAAUGUGGAAGCAAUUCAAGGGAGAAAUGGCUGAUGCCAAAGAUGAGUUUCAGGAAGCAACUGAAAAACCAGAAACUGAGCUAAAUGGUAGUGAAAAUGGUGGCCAUAUGAGCCCCUAUGGGGCUGUUGAAGAACAAAAUUUGGAGAUGGCAAGACAGGAAGACAAAGAGCUUAAUUCAGCUAGUUUGUCAAGCAAAGUUCUGCUCGAACAACCGGGUUCGAGAGGCUCGAUCAGGUUGGAGAAGAGUUUGUGUACUGAACAGGAAGAUCCUUCAGAGUUCAUUACUCAUAGAGCUAAGGACUUCCUUUCCAGCAUUAAGGAGAUUGAGCAUCGCUUUCAGAGAGCUUCAGAAUCUGGGAGGGAGAUCUCUAGAAUGCUUGAAGCCAACAAAAUCAGAGUUGGCUACCUUGAAGCAAAUGGAAACGUAUCCGGUCUUGCUUUCUUAGAUCCUUUACGUCGUUUACGACUCGUUUGUUGUCCUGCAAAGCCUGCCCUCUUUUCUGAUGAACUUCAUAAGACGAAGGUGAUUACAUGGAAACGGUCAACAUCGUCACGGUCAUCUUCGUCGAGAAAUCCUCUUGCUGGAAAAGAUGACGCUGAUGACAGUGCAAGCGAAUUUGUAGAAGAGUUCUGUAUGAUCUCUGGAAGUCAUUCCUCUACCUUGGAUCGGCUUUACGCAUGGGAGCGAAAACUCUAUGAUGAAGUCAAGGCAAGCGAAUCCAUUCGGAAGGAGUAUGAUCGUAAAUGUGAUCAACUCAGAUACCUAUUCGCAAAAGAUUACAGUACACAAGUCAUCGACAAAACGAGGGCAGUUGUCAAGGAUCUGCACUCCCGAAUACGAGUUGCUAUCUAUUCUGUUGAUUCGAUUUCAAAACGCAUUGAGAAAAUGAGGGAUGAAGAGAUGCAGCCACAACUCAUUGAACUAAUUCAGGGGUUGAUCAGGAUGUGGAAGGCCAUGCUCGAAUGCCAUCAUGCACAGUACAUAACAAUAUCAUUGGCAUAUCAUUCGAAGAGUGCUACCAUGGGUACGCCUCGAGCAGACGUGCAGAGGCAGAUAACAGUCCAACUUCAACAAGAGAUUGAAUCGUUCGGCUUAAGUUUUGCCAAUUGGAUCAACAGCCUUGCAUCAUAUGUUGGUGCUUUGAAUGGCUGGCUACAACACUGUAUAUCACGGGAACGCUCGAAGAGCAGAAGGCCUUUCUCUCCUCGUCAUGCCAUUGCCCCACCUAUCUUCAUCCUAUGUCGCGAUUGGUUUGCUGGAAUCAAAGACCUUCCAUCUAAUGAACUUAGCGAUGCCAUCAGAGGCAUCUUGGGAGAAUUGCAGUGUUCAAUAUCUCAACAAGCUGAACUACAGAGGAAACAGAAGCAGCUUGUUGAAGGGGAAGAACCUGAAGGGAAAGACGAGGAGAAUAACGACACCAUAUCUUCAAACUUAAGUUGCAUACAUUCAAGCCUAACAAAGGUUCUCGAUUGGCUAACGAAAUUUUCCGAGGCCUCGCUCAAAAUGUAUGAAGAUAUUAGACAAAAAAGCGACGCUGCGCGUACAGCCUAUUUGAAUUAUAGGCCACGCUCAGAAUUAUAACCAUGUAAAACUCAAGUUUGUCUUAGAUUGAAUCUUUGUACAGUUUUGAAGAAUUUGCAGAGGCUCUGAGAUUGCAUGAUGAUGCUCAUUUUUAAUUUGCCUCCAGAAAUCCUGUUGAUUUCUUGAAA